AAGAUUUUAAACCAAGUGAUUUAUUUAUGAUUACUACCAUAAUUAAAAUGAGUGUAGUUAAGCCAAUGGCUGCUCUACUGAGCAACUUCGAGGUUCUUUCGAUACUCAGAGCAUCUCAGGCCGAGGCGAAAUCUUGCAAAAGUUUGGCGACACUGAGUUACGAAACUUUGAAACAUCUCGAACAGAGUCCAGCUGCCAAACAGAGUGAAGCCGUUGUUGUCGCAUUCCUCCAGGAGAUCAAGGACUUCCCGAAACCUCUUAGCAAGGCUGAAAAGCUUCAGUUACUAAAUCUACGACCAACGAACGUUGCAGAAUUACAAGUGAUUAUCGAGAAUGUUGAGGAACGAUUAACAGAGCAGGAACUCGAUUCGCUGCUUGAGAUAGUCAGCAGGUUAAUUCCUCCACUAGAAGAGGAGGUUAUGGAACAAGAAAGCUGAAAUUUGUUGAGAUUGGAAAUCAAGUAAAAAUAAAAACGUUAUUUCUAAUUAAAAGACUUGAGUGGUAUAAUGUGAGAAACGCAUGUGUGAAACAAUGGAACGUAUCCUAGUUAACGACAAUACAUUUACGCACCCUACAUUUUUAAACAGCAGGUUUUUUUGUUGACCCGGUAAAAUUUGCGACGAGAUUACAUCGUCAUUACAGAUACUCAUGCUGACAGAUACCCGCCUAUCGAAACCUGCUGCAAGAAAACGUAAUCAAACCCGUGCUGUUCUUAACCGUGCAGUUCAUCAUUGGGCACAUCGAAUCGUGACAACCAUUCAGUGCACACAAAAGAGUACUUAUGAGAAUGCCUGAUAAACGUUUAUGUGAUGAUCUUAUUGAAUAUUCAACGAUCUAUUUUGUUUGGCAAACUACGUAUUGGAAUUGAUGUUAUACAAAUAUCGAAGAAGCACCGUAUUUUUAUGGAAAAAUGAAAUCACAUUUUUUUUCCGCUGAAAUUAUUUA